AUGCGUCGCUCGCAAGAUCCCUCCAAGCAAUCCGCAUGGUGUGCGGCGGACUUGGACUCGAGCUCAGCCCCGAAGCCCCCUUGGAGCGUCAUUGCGGAAGGUCCUUCUCUGCUUGCGUCCUUGAUCUCUGUGGCGCAGAGCGCACAGUUCGAUCGCGAAGCGUCCGAUGCAAGACGACAGCAAGUGCUCGUAGACGAGCUCAUGGCCGAAGGGCUUCAACGGCGAGAGGCGGCGCACGAGUCACUCACCCAGUCGGGUAGUUUCGAGCAACUCACUUCGACCGUGCGACCGCUGCCUGCCGGUCACAAGCCUGCGCCAUUGAGUGGACUAUCUGCACGAACCGCAUCAGGCUUGCCAUCGACUGCUGGCAGCAGCUCGUCGUCGAUGCAGAGCUGGGGAGGUUCAUUCGAUUCCAACGCCAUUCCUCGUCCUGCAUCCACGUCGGCGUUGGCAAGCUUGCCGUCGCAGCGAUCGUUGGGCGACAUGUCCACUGCUGGUGUUGUUGUUGGCAGUGAUGCGCGCGCACGUCCACGCCCAGCCGUUACCCCACCGACCAGCGCCAGCCUCGUCACCUCGCCCUCCGCGGUGCCCAGACGCAACCCACAGCAACUCUUAUCGCUCAUGACUGGUACUGCAGCACCAACAUUCGGCGGGGCGCCAGUCUUCUUUCCCAAUGGCCAAUCCUCCGAAAGCAGCACGGCCUUCAAACCUCUGGCCCAACAGUCCUCUGCGCUGUCCGACCCGUCGUUGAACACUUUGUCUGCAACGUGGGGGAUGCAGCAGCCACAGCCUGCAAUCAUUCCGCCUGUUCCAUCAGCAAGCUCGGACGCUGCUCACCAUCACCCCGCCUCGUCCGAUUUCCGCAAACGGUCAUCUUCUGCCUUUGUUCCUCGCCACUCGGCACGGAACGACCCCACAGUGGUCGUGCUUCCGCCAGACGCCUCAGAAACGCUAAACCGACGCAUAUCGCUCAACUUGGAUCAGGUUGCGCCCCAGCUACAUGACAUUACCCACCAUGUCGGGGCAGCGAACAGGGAACCGCCGCAGCAAUUUCCGCGAUUAUCCGGAAACCUUCGAUCGGCCUCGACCGAGUCGGUGUCCACGCUGCCAAGUAGCGCGACCACCGGCAGCAACCCGAGCAGUUCACAAACCACUGUCAAGGCCCAUACAGUCAAGUGGACGGAUGAGUUUGUUGCCGAGCUCGCUGAUCAUUUGUCGCACGCUGCACCGCGACAAAUUGCUGCACCUGUGCAAGCUGCACCUGUACAAUCGGACGCUCAACACACGUCUGCUUUUGCGGGACCGCGCGCUGUUCAGUCCGAUCUGCUGGCUCCCGUCGAACUACCUCGAGUUCCACCGCGGUUGCCGCCCGUGCGCCCAUCGUCGGGAUCGCCUCGGCGCAAGCUGUCGCUUCUUGUUGGCGUAACGCACAGCAGCGAUGAUCCAAACUCGGUUCCACGCGCCGCCUCUCCGUUUUCGUCUCCUUGGCACUCGCCGCGAGUCUCUGUCGACCAGGCAUUCGGGCCGUUCCCAGUGUUGCUGCGCCCAAUCGUGCUGCACUCGGACGUGCCAGCCUCCUCUGUCCACGACGGCCCCUCGCAAACCACGGCCGAUGCGUCGUCCGAGUUGCACUCUGUUGCAGCACCAGCCGAAGCACCAGCGGCAGCUGCCUCAGAGGCCCCGAACGUCAUUCUUGUUCCUCCCCCAGUUGCACCACGAUACACGAUUCUAAACCCUCCACCGGUGCCUGCACGGAAGCAGAUUCUCGCAGACUUUCACCGGCACGCCUCGACCACCGAAGAGUCUAUGAUGACAUCGCCUGCACGAAAAUCGCGCACGGUUGGUCACGGACGAGAUCGCUCGCGUCCAUCGUUGGGAAGCAUGUUUUCGGACGUCGCAGCGCAUGGCCCGGCCACCUCGACUCGCGUUCUGCCGCAUGUAGCGGCUCGUGCUGGCAUCCACGCCAUUUCAUCGACCGUGUCCUUUGAGGCAGACAAGGUUUCCAACGCGCCCAUCAAACACCCCGUGGACGAGCCAGCAGUCGUUGAGCCUCCCACCGUCCCUCUCGUCACGACACGGCGGAGUAGUGCGGGAGAUGUCUCCGAGCAUGCGUCCGGAGCCGAUUCUCGCGCUGCUACGGACUCGCUUGAGCUGUCCGGUCUUGGGGGACAACCAGAGCCCGAGAGCAAGGUUCAGCAUGGACGCGUUCUGUAUGAUUACCUUGCCAGCAGGCGGUUUGACAUGGCGAUCGAGAAGGGCCAGAUUCUCGAGAUUCUCACCGAAGAGAACGACGGCUGGUGGCUUGUGCGGACUGAGCAAGGCGAGGAAGGAUAUGUGCCUGGAAGCUACGUUGAGCGCCUACCCGCAACGCCCGUUGAAGACCCUUCCGGCCCUCUCGAAGAGUCCAAUUCUGCGGCCUCUGGUCACACACUAACAGACGACUUUACUGUUACCCCGGCGGACGAACAGCCGGCCAGCGAUGUCCACGACCAUCACGAUCAUGACGAUCUUGACCAGCAUCACUUUGAUCACGACCACGACAGCGACCACGAGCACGACCACGAUCACGACCACGACAGCGACCACGACCAUGCGCCAGACCUAGACGCCGCGGAAAAAGCCCCUGUCGCCGUUGCAACACCAACAAAACGUCGGCAUAUGCGCACUCCGUCUCACUUGUCGCGGCUUUCCGUGCUGACGCGCCGGAACUCGACCCUGUCCAUUGCAAGCUCAUCGUCAACCGCUCCGAGUAACGCGUCGCACGGCAGCCACAAGCGAUUCCUCGCCGCAAGGGAGGUCUUCGAGACAGAGCAGUCCUACAUUGACGGUCUGGAAUGCAUGGUUCGUGUGUACCGCGAGCCGUUGCUGGCCGAUUGCAAAGUGCUGCCAAAGAACGAGCUUCUGGCCUUCUUCCCUGGCGAUAUCGAUGCACUGCUGCGUCACCACCGUUGCUUGCUGGCAAUCUUGGCCAAGCGAAUUGAAAAUUGGACGGAUUCCGUGUGCUUUGGCGACAUUUUCACCGGCACGACCGUCGACUUUUUUGCGCAACAGUAUGUACCGUACUGCGUGCAGUAUCCGACUGCCGCCGACAAGCUGCAUCAGACUCUCAAGCAGAACGAGCGAUUCCGCGCCCAAGUCCGCGAGCGCGACAAGCAUCGCAACGGCUUUGUCGCGCAGCUGCACGAGGCUCGCCGCUCGGCCUGGAUGGAGCGAUUUGAGGCCAUGCACGAUGCUGCAAAACGCGAGGGCGUCGAGCCAUCGACCACUGCGGCCAUCCUGGCGAGCCUGAUUGAGAGCGCCGACGCUGCGCUGGACAAGCAGAAAGGGCAGUCGGCAACGUUGAGCAUUGACGCUUUGCUUCUUACACCCAUCCAACGCAUGCCGCGCUACUGUCUGCUGAUCCAGACCGUGCUCAAGUACACACCCAGCUCCCACCCGGACAGCUUCCACUUGGCUCAUGCACUCGAUCGCCUUCGUCGCUUGACAGACUAUGUCAACGAAUGCAAGCGCGACAUGGAGAACGCCGCGCGCCUCGCUCAGAUGUCGCAUCUGAUCAAGCGCAUUCCCAAAGACUUUUACUCGCCCACGCGACGUCUCGUGCGAGAGAGCGACGUGAUGGUCUACCAUGGCAGUGGCGUGGGUUGGGAAAAGGGCCGGCUGUUCAUGCUGAACGACGCUCUGCUGUUCACCACCAACCGACUCCAUCCCGGCAGGCGCAUCGACUUUGCCGCCCUCAAGUUUGCCGAUCUGCUGCUGUUCAGCGAAGUGCGGAUGGAGCGGCAGUCCGAUCCCGGCCACACACAACUUGGCGUCCUUGAGCGCGAGGUGCCUCGCGACGCUUCUGCUGCUGCUGCUGCUGCUUCUGCUGCUGCUUUCUUGCGAGCGAGUGUCGUUAGCUCUGAUAGCUCGACCAGCUCGACCCGCAGUGUCUCGUCAGCCUCCCCAGAUGCUGCUGCGCGACCAACGCCUCCCCAAUCGGCUGGGUCAGGUCAUGCCUUUGCCAUCGAUGCAUCCUUGCGAACCCUCAUCUUUUCCACGUCCGUCAGCACCGUUCAAGUUUGUUUCGAAACAAUGGAUGAGAUGGAGAGCUGGCUGAGCGAUGCGCAGGCGCUGCAAGCCGACUUUAAGUUCAAGCUUCGCUUUGCGAGUACGCGCGAGCAGCAGCUUGUCGAUCUCUAA